AUGCCUAAUACAAUAAAAAGUUUGAGAACUCGUAAUGAAAACAAGAGAUAUGCUGGUUUGCCAUCUGAUCUUCCAGUUAGUGAUCUUCCAACUUAUAGGCAAGUGGUUCAAUAUUCCUACUUUAUUUUAAAAAACAUAAACAGUGUCAGAAAUAUUAAUUCUCCAAAAAUUGUUUCAAAAGUUGCCAGUGACCUUAUUGAUCUGUGGAUUAGAGUAAAUCCUAAGCUGCCUCUGAUACACGAGAAGUCAGUAACCAAAAAAUGUUUUAGACUUUUCAUCAAAGUUUUGUCUGCAGAAGGCAAAUUCAAAAAUUCAAAUAAAAACAAGGAGUAUCUUGAUUGCAAUUUUGAGCGUUUAUUUGAUUUGUCAUCAUGUAAUUGUGGACUUCCAGUAAUAGCUUGCAAUGAUAAAUCUGUGAAGUGUAGGAACCAACCAGAUUGUAAGACAACACAUUUUGCUUGUUUCUGUGAAGUUAACAAAAAGGUACCACUAUUAGAUAGAGAAUAUUUGAAGGAUCAAAAAUUGAAAAUUGGAACUAUUGGAAGAUUUCAAAUUGGUACGAUUGAUAAAAAAGCAGUUGCCAUCGAAAAAAGAAAGCGAGACCGUGAAAUUAAUCAGCAGAUAAAAUCUGCUAACUCACUUGCUCCAGAAAUUCAAUGUGAUCAUUAUAUGGAUUGUGAUUUAGAUAAUAAAAAUGACUCAGAAACAGAUCCUGACUAUUCGAUAACUGCACCAGCUGAAAGAAAUCAAACUUAUUUAACAAACUUGGCAAAAGCCGCUAUUAGGUAUGAAAUAAGCGAUGUUGCAACAGCUGCAUUGGCAACAGCUGUAUUAAUUGACUAUGGAAUUGUUAAAAAAAGUAAUAAAGCACAAAUAAUAACAGAAAAAAAAAUUUUUGGGGAAAAAAAAAGAAUCAGCAGUAUUAUAAGCUCUAAACAUUUAGCUGACGUUAAAGAAUUAGAGGUUAUUGGAGUUGAUGGAAAAAAGAACAAGUUUACAUUGACACAUUCUAUCAGGUAUAACAGUAAUGGAGAUCCAGUUGUUGUUGCUGCAAUCAAAGAAGAAUACCAUCUAACGUUUACAGCAGAGAGUGGACCCACAUCACAAAGUUAUUUGACUCAUGUAGUUAUACCUAAUGGAAUUGGUGCAACCAUGGCAAAUGCUACUGCUAAUGUUUUGUUGGAAUUUAACAGUGUUCAGAGUUUAAUUGCGGUUAUUUUAGAUAAUACAAGUUCAAAUACAGGUUGCGAUAGUGGUUUGGUUGUUAAACUUGAAAAAAUUAUAAACAAAAACUUACACCUUUUAGGAUGUUUGCUGCAUCAAAAUGAACUUCCACUGCGACAUAUCAUAUCAGAAUUAGAUGGAAAGACAGUUAGUCCUAAUUCUUUCAAAGGGCCAAUUGGGGAGGCUGCAUCUAACCUAACACUUCAUGAACAGCCAUUGUUUCAAUUUGUACCCAUAAAGUCAGAGGUAGAGUUAUUUGUUAGCAAAGAGAUUAUAAGUGAUCUUAGUACAGACCAGCGCAAACUCUAUGAGUAUUGUGUUGGUAUUUCAAAAGGUUUCAUUUCUGAAAGAUUUGUUUCAAAAAAACCAGGACCAGUUUGCCAUGCCAGAUGGCUAACUUUAGCACUCAGAAUUAUGAUGUUAUAUGUUAGGACUAAGGAGCCAUCUCUUGAGCUAUUAGCAGUAACUAAGUAUAUUGUGCAAGUUUACUGUGUAAUGUGGUUUGCUAUCAAGCACUCUGGACAAUACAAAGAUGCUUGUCUACUCCUAUAUAAAAAUAUUCAGUUGGUCAAGCUUCAAGAAAGCAGGAUUCAAAGUAUCGUUUUUACCAAUCUCCAGGGAAAUUCAUACUGUUGUUUGCAGGAAAAUUUUCUUUACUGCAUGCUGCAGGAUGAAAAUAUACAUAUAAGAAAUCGAGCUCUUAACCAAAUUCUUAUAAUAAGAAAAUUAAAAGAAGACAUAACUUUCAAAACUCAGCUUAAACCAAAAUCGGUAAUGAAAAUAAAUUUUGAUGCUGGUUCUUGGGACUUUCUUGUUUCAGUUGAUGAGAUUCAAAUUGAGCCACCAGCAACAUAUAGCAUUACUUCAGAAAAAAUUAGAGAGGCAUUUGAAUCUGGACAAAAACUUUGCCUAAUUGAUUUUCCUAACAAUUCGCAAUCCGUUGAAAGAGCAGUAAAACUAACCUCUGAAGCUGCUAAGCAGGUUUAUGGUCUAGAAAAAAGACACAAAUUCAUUUUGGCAAAGAACCAAAGUCGAAAAGAGAAUAAGAGAAAUGUAAAAAAACGUGAUUAUUUUAUAAAAUAAAUAUCUAAUUUUGCAA